AGUGACAGAGGUGCUGGACAGAGAUCAGACCGUCAUAUCGAUCAUGAGUGGCCCGUGUUUUGUGAGAACGGCAGCCAGAAGUUUCGCCGGUGGAUCAGGCCUCUUCAGACAGACUGGUUGCUUUUCAAGUAAAGACAAAGUCACACGAAAAAUGUCAUCCAGGAGACAAGCUGACCAUCUAGAAAGAACUGCUAGCGUUCAUAGAGAAAUGGAACUUUUCUCUGCUCGUGUUUGUGACAUUAGGAAUGAAUCUGAUUCAGUAAACAGACUGAGACUGGAGGUAUCACAUCCUGACUUCAGCUUUCGUGCUGGACAGUGGGUGGAUUUCUUCAUCCCAGGUGUGGAUACAGUGGGUGGCUUCUCCAUUUGCUCGAGUCCUGGCCUGCUGCAGAGAGAGGGAGUGAUUGAAUUGGCUGUUAAAAACACACGCCAUCCUCCAGCUCACUGGAUUCACACUAAAUGCUCUGUGGACUCGCAGGUAGCUGUGAGGGUGGGAGGUAACUUCUACUUUGACCCUCAACCUUCUGACCCCGUGGUGGACCUGUUGCUGAUAGCCGGUGGUGUUGGAAUCAACCCUCUGUACUCCAUCCUGCUGCAUGCAGCUGAUCUGCUUAGACACACUCAUGCUCACAGGUGCUCUCCAGGGCACACACACUUGUGCUACAGUGCAAGGAACACAGAAGAGCUGCUCUUCAAGAACACCAUUAUUGAUAUUUGUCAUGAGCGACCAGAUAAAUUCUCCUGCGAUUUCCAUGUUACCCAACAGAGCUCUGACACAGAGCAGGAACUUCAGCCUUACACCAUAAAUGGAAGGAUAUCAGAAGAGGAACUUAAGCGCCAUGUAGAUCCUGAGCACACAUUGUGUUAUCUUUGUGGCCCUCCUCCUAUGAUAGAGAAAGUUAAUUCAGACCUGCAGAAAGUCGGCCUAUCGGAGGACAGAAUCCUUUUUGAGAAAUGGUGGUAGCACUACAACUCAGAUCUUCACAGUGAUGGAUGCAUCUGCAUCAUCAUAGAAACAGACUGUAAUGGUAAUGGACCAGUAAAGCCUUUGAGAUCAAUUGAAACGCACAACAGACGCUAUGUCUGCAUUCUCCACAUUUAAAGGAAUAGUUCUCCCAAAAAUGAAAAUUACCCCAUGAUUUCCUAACCCUCAAGCUAUCUUAGGUGUUUAUGACUUUUUUUCCUUCCGAUGAAUACAAUCAGAGUUAUAUUUAAAAAUAUCCUGGCUCUAUUUAUAAGCUUUAUAAUGGCAAUAGUCCAGUAGAAGUCCGAUAAAGCGCAUCCUUUCAUCAUAAAAAAGUGCUCCACAUGGCUCCGGGGGGAUAAUAAAGGCCUGCUAAAGUAAAUCGGUGUGUUUUUGUAAGAAAAAUACCCAUAUUUAAACUUUACAAACCUUAAUCACUAGCUCGGAAUCUCUAAUCUCGGAAGCAAAGAGGAGAGAGCAAAACAAACAAAAGGGUUACGAAUUAGAAGUACAAAAAGAAAAUUUUUUUAUAGAAAAAUGUCAAGAUUCCGAUAUAAGCCAAGAUGAGUCUGGUUUUCCUUUGCUAAACAAUGGAAACUUUGCUUCCUUUGCUCCUGUAAACAAACCUCGAUUCUUGCGAGACUAGCAUGCUCUUGUUAGUUGAAGAUGUUUAUAAAGUUUUAAAUA